UCGCUUCACAAAAGGCAGUAUCUCACGGUGGACGCGUGCCUGCCAUGGGUGGCGCCGGUGUGCUUUUCUCGGCGUCGUUCCUUGUGUUGGUGGCGCUGGCGGCGGUGCCCGUGCUCGCGAACGGCGCCUCGCCGGAAGCGGGCCGGGUGGCUCAGGUGCAGAGCGUAGAUGGGGCUGCUGGCCGGAACGGCGGUUACAAUGCCCGCAGCGUCACCGGCCGGAAGGAUGGAGGCGGUGGAGGCGGGGGUGGGUGGGGCAGCAGCGGUGGGACCUCGUGGAGCUACGGCUGGGGGUGGGGCUGGGGCACCGAGGGCGGCGGGGGCGGAGGUGGGGGUAGCAGGGGAGGAGGAGGAGGAGGAGGAGGAGGAGGCGGCGGCGGCAGAGGUGGGGGUAGCAGGGAAGGAGGAGGAGGAGGAGGAGGAGGCGGCGGCGGCGGGACAAGGACAGAGCAGCAAGGACACGAUGGCAGUAGUGGGACGGCAGCGCGCGGCGGGAGGAGGGUGACGGCGCGGCGGCGGCGGCACCGGCCGAGCUACAGCUCGAGCCUGUACCGCGUGGGGGAGUACGCGCGGUGCACGGCGCCCGGGCGGUGCCGCGGCAUGCGGCUGCUGUGCCCGAUGCACUGCGACGGGCCCUGCUUCUACGACUGCGACGCCAACUGCAGGGCGCACUGCCGCUUCUAGCCGCACGCCGGCGGCGCGUCGCCGUCCGAGCAUCAGCUAGCUCCGGCCGGCCAACCGCCGUGUGGUCGUCGAUCUGCUCCGGCGCCAAGGGCGUCGCAUCGCCGAUGCAUGCUUGCAUUGUUCCCUCUCCCUGCUGGCCUGCUCUUCGUGUGCUCGGCUUUCCUGCUUUCCUGGUGAGAUGCCAUGCCGUACGUCGUGUGCUUUUGAUGGCUGUCGCGAUUUUUUUCAGUCUGAUUGCUGCUGCCACCGUCUCAACCUUUUUCUGAACCUGUCUUCUAUUUUCCCCAAAGAAAGUUCUGACGGUGUACAACUUGCU